AUGUUCUACUACCCGGCGGUGCUGAAGCGUCACUCAGGAUGUUUUUCUACCAUCUGGCUCGUCGCUACAAAAGGCAUCAAAGUGACUCGUCGAGACUUCCUGAAGGUCAACGUGAAGAGCACCUGCGACGACAUCAUGGACUAUGUUCUGGAGAAGGUUCCUCCUCCGCGGCCCGGCCUGCCCCGGCCCCGGUUCUCCCUCUACCUGUCCUCCCAGCUGCAGUACGGAGUGGUUCUGGUCUUCCACCGGCAGUGCGUCAUCCUGCUGGAGGAGCUCCAGUCUGUUGUGGGUCAACUGGUGAAGCAGAAGACGGGUCUGAAGAUCGACCUGGACGACAGCAGCAGACAGUCUCUGGUUCUGCCCGACGCCUUGGCGCUGCUGCAAGAGGCCGAAGGAGCUCCGGACCCUCUGUUUGGAGUCAUGCAGCUGCAGGACACGAUGUCGAGUCCCACGGCUCUCAUACGGGCCAGUGAAGAACUUGUGGAGGAAGCUUCUCCUGAACGUCCAGAACCGGGUCCAGCUGCUGCAGCAGACGCCAUCACGGCGUCUCCAGACUCCAUCACUCUGAAGGAGUCUCCGGCGGCUUCCAUCCCAUCUGCGGAGUUUGAAGGUGUGGACUUUGCUGACGAUGACCGGGAGACCAUCGACCUCCUCAUGGCUCAGACCGAUCACUUCCCAGAAGGAGACGUGGUGCCGCCGCCGCCAGAGGAGCCGGAGAGGGAGGUGGAGAGGGAAGGAGGCGAGGAGGAGGAGGAGGAGGAGAGGCCCAAGGAGCUCACAGGAUCCAUCACUGAAUUACAGCCCACCGCCACCUCUGCUGACAACCUGCCACUGGAGCCCACCGAGGAGCCAUCACCUGACGAACCGGUUCGCUCACCCGAAGAACCGGUUCUGCCCACUGAAGAACCGGUUCAGUCACCUGGAGAACCGGUUCCAUCACCUGAGGAACCGGUCCUGCCCACAGAAGAAGCGGUUCUGCCCAGCGAGGAGCCCGGACCGCCCUCAGACCAGCUGACUCCAGUCUUGGCCUCCAUCCCCCCACCAGCACCGGCAGCAGAACCCCGUAGAGGAAGACCCGAGCUGGAGACCCAACCCUGGGCCGAGGUCCGGACCAGGAGGAGGACGAGGAGGCAGCUGACCUUCUUCGAUCCAGAGACUCAGCUGUCUGAGGAGGAGCAGCAGCAGCAGAUCAGCGACCCUCUGAUCCACACCAGGCCUCCGGUUCUGCUUCCUCCUCCUGCUCAGAGGAUCACACCUGCUGUGGACCUGCUCAACAAGCCCUGCAGCUUCCUGCCUGAAGAGGUGGAGUUUCUAUGGCGACAGGCUGCGGUUGUCACGGCGAUCUCAGGCGCUGACCUGCAGGUCAGUGAGCGAGGGCCCGAGUCCACCGAGUCCACCGAGUCCACCGAGUCCACCGAGUCCACCGAGUCCGAGAAGGGCCGAGAGCCAGAGAUGCUGAAGGAGCAGAUGCUGGAGGUCCCCAGAGAGGAAGCAGAACCAGAGGGGCUGGACGUAUCAGCUCUCGGUUCUCUGCAGCUGGAAGCUUCAGACCAAAGAGACGUUUCCAGAGAGAUCUCGCCCAUGCAGAUAUCUGAGAGAGAAGGGUCCAUCGUGUCCAGGUCUGUUUCUACGCUGCAGGACAUCCCAGAGGUGGUGGAUGAAGUGAGAGGAGCAGCAGAGCCUCCUGGGUUGUUUCCGGAGUCGUUUCCAGAACAGGAAGCAGAACCCGUCCUUUUUCACUCCCUCUUUCCGCCAAACGUCGACCGCAAAACUGUCAGCGGCGUCUUCCACCGGCUGCUGGAGAACCUAUCAGCCGGGAGAGUUUGUGCAGAGCAGCAUGAGCCUUACGGGGACAUCUGGAUCUCACCUGGACCCGCCUAUGGACCGGUGCCUCCGGGUUUGUGA